CCCAACCCUCAAUAUGUCGCGACCGUCUGUGACACGAGUUUGUGUAGAGUUGGAUCUUCUCAAGGAGCAUCCAAUUUCAAUCAAUAUUAUACGCGAACAUGCCCUAAUAUUGUGUUGAUUGCAAGAAGAUUGGUCACGAUCUUCAAUCCUGUCGACACAACACACGAGCAUCAUCAUCUCAAAGGAAAGAAUCGCAGCCUUCAAAGCAACAAUCCAAAAAUCAAAUACAAGGAAACCAAUCAAAUCCAUCACCCUCUGAUGUUGUGCCGAUGUCAAUUGCUACUGGUGGGGAUAAGAUUCCGUCGGUUACCGCCGGAGACCUCCUCAACUAUAAUGUUGCGCAGCCAUCUCCACAGUUGCAAGAAAAACAGUCCUCCCAAGGAAAGCAAAAGCAGCCACAGGAGCCAAUACCGGUGGUGAUUAUUCAGCAAGAAGAGGCAUCGCAAGUUGCAGACCCGAAAGUCGCGCAGGCUGCGACUUUGCUGGGAGCGGCUGGUGCUCUUGUCGCGCCGGCUGUGAUUGGCGUGGCUACUGCCACUGCCACCGAUAAUCAGGCCACCAACAUCUUUGCUGCGGCUGCUGUUUCUAAUACAAGGCCGCCGAUAAUUGAGUCUUCUGAAAAGCGAGACAUGGCUGUUGUUUCUACAAAGAUUGCGGAUGACAAUUCAUUUUCUUCUCAAUCCUUACAAUUAAUUGAUGCGCAAAUCAAUGGACAGAAUUUUUCGUCGCCGGCAAGGGAGUCAUCCGUGGUGAAGGAAGAUCAAGUCAACGCGUCUAUUGCUCCAAUUACGCAACUGAGUCCGCAACAACCUUCCGCGGAUAUCCCUCCUGCGGUAAAUUCGAAAUUAAUGGUCCAAAAUUUACAGUUACAAUCUGAUCCAAAUCUUCCACUUUUAAUUGUGGAAAAUUCGAAUUUAAACUCUACCUUACCAUAUUCUUCUCCUUUACCUUCUAAGGAAUUAUCUUCUCAAAAUAACUCUACCAUCGGUUCAAAAUUAAAUCCCAAAGCAGCUGAAUUUUCUUGUUCUCCUCGACCACAAAUUCCUCUUCUCCAAAUCCUUCUUCUUAUUUCAGCCCCAUAACACAAACAAUACUCUAAAGAUGAUACGGAUGUAAGGAAAAAUACAUUGUCUCCUAAUAUAAGUUAUUCGAUUGAUCAAAUCCAUUCUGAAGGAGACCAAAAUCAUGUUUUUAAUGAUUCAAAUGAUGAAGAUUUUGACACGGAAUGGGAAUUGGAACGAGAGUCUUUCUACAGUGAAAUUUCUGCUCCGACAUAUCAUAAUCAUUUGAAAAAAG